CAAAUCACGUGACCGGAACUGUCAUGGCGGCGCCCUGUGCUCAUGCGUGGUUGUCAUUAGACGGGAGCUUAUUUUGAUUCUUUUAAGACACUUUGUCGGAAAAAUGAAAACAAAGAACGGCAAAGCGAAAAAGCGCUUCGUGUGCCCCAAGCAGCCGAAGCCAGACAAACGGGGCAUCAGCAUUAAAGGCCGGUGGAAAACAGUGGAGCUCGAUCCCAGCCUCUUCUCCGAGGAGGGUCUGGAGGGGCUGGUGUGUUUUGAAGAGCUGACAAAUUACCGUCUGAUUGACCCCGAAGAAGCUGAAGCCCAAGCCGAAAAAGCCCUGGAACAGGAGGAAAAGAAGAAAGCAAAGAAAAGAAAAGCCAGUGAAGGAGACGAGGCUGGAACUGAGAGCACAGCUGAGCCAGCCAAGAAGAAAAAGAAGAAGAAGAAGAAGAAAAAGAAAGUAGCUGGGGAGCAGUCAGAUAAUGUGCCACCUGAAGAGGAAAAGCAGGAGGUUGAAGCUCCAGUGGAGGAGGGAGGAGAAGAUGAGGUGGUAAAUGGUGAUGCCCCAGCAGAUCCAACCCCAGUGUCUGAUGUGAAGGCCAAAUCCAAAAAGAAAAACAACAAAAAGAAGAAAAAGAAAUCAAAUCAGCCUGCAGAAACCAGUGCAGAGCCAGAAGAGCAGCCGGUUGUGGAGCCUUUGUCAGUGGAGACGUCUCCAGUAGAUGAAAAAUCAAAUCCAGAUCAAACGCCAAAGCCUCCCAAAAAACAAGUGAAAAACUGGACGAGCGCAGCUCUGGGCGGCUCAGAUGAUAAGAAUGCUGACGUGAGUGCGUGGAAGGACCUGUUCGUCCCCUCUCCUGUCCUGAAGGCACUGAGUAGUCUGGGGUUUGGUUCACCCACCCCGAUUCAAGCCCUGGCCCUGCCUCCCGCCAUCAGAGACCGCAUGGACAUCCUGGGUGCAGCAGAAACAGGCAGCGGUAAGACUCUGGCUUUCGGCAUUCCCAUGAUCCACAGCAUCCUGGAGUGGAAGAAUAAUUCAGAAAAACCAGCUGAUAAGGACAGCGAAUCUUCAGAAAAGGUGGAGAGUUUGUAUUUGCCACCUGUAAAUAAACCUACAGUAGACACAGAGGAGGAGGAGGAGGCUGCAGAGGAAGAGGAUGGAGACACUAAAGAUCAGAUGCAGGAAGACGACGAGGACGAGCAGCUGGAUUCUACAAAAGCAGAGUUUGAGUUUGAGGAGAAAAACGCCGGUGGUCAGAGUCAGCCUCUCCUCGGACUGGUUCUGACUCCCACCAGAGAGCUGGCCGUUCAGGUCAAGCACCACAUCGACGCCAUCGCCAAGUUCACAGGGAUCAAAACGGCCAUCGUGGUGGGAGGGAUGUCUCAGCUGAAGCAGAGGAGGCUGCUGAAGCGCAGGCCGGAGAUCGUUAUCGCCACGCCGGGACGUCUGUGGGAUUUGAUCAAAGAGAGGCAUCCACACCUGCUCAGCCUCAAGCAGCUCAGGUGUCUGGUUAUCGACGAAGCCGACCGCAUGGUGGAGCGGGGACACUUCGCCGAGCUGGACAGUCUGCUGGAGAUGCUGAACAGCACCCACUUCAACCCCGCCCGGCAGAUGUUCGUGUUCUCCGCCACCCUGACCAUGACCCACAGCCUGCCGUCCCGCCUGCUGCAGAAGAAGAACGUGGACCAGAGGAGCAAGCUGGAGGUGCUCAUGGAGAAGGUGGGCAUCAAGUCCAAGCCCAAAGUCAUCGACCUGACCCGGAAGGAGGCCACGGUGGAGACGCUGACGGAGACGCAGAUCCAGUGUCAGAAGGAGGAGAAGGACUUCUACCUCUACUACUUCCUGCUGCAGUACCCGGGCCGCACCAUGGUGUUCGCCAACAGCAUCGACUGCAUCAAGAGGCUCUGCUCCCUGCUGGUGAUCCUGGACUGCACGCCGCUGCCGCUGCACGCCAACAUGCACCAGAAGCAGCGCCUGAAAAACCUGGAGCGCUUCGCCCAGAUGGAGAGCUGUGUUCUUCUGACCACCGACGUGGCGGCUCGAGGUCUGGAUAUCCCCAACGUCCAGCACGUCAUCCACUACCAGGUUCCUCGAACGUCGGAGACGUACGUCCACCGCAGCGGCCGAACAGCCCGAGCCGCCAGGGAGGGGCUCAGCCUGCUGCUGGUCGGCCCGCAGGACGUGGUCAACAUCAGGAAGAUCUACAAGACGCUGGGGAAGGACGAGGAGCUGCCCACGUUCCCCGUGGAGACCAGGUGCAUGCGGGCCAUCGAGGAGCGGGUGAAUCUGGCCCGCAGCAUCGAGAAGAUCGAGUACUUCAACUGCAGGGAGAAGCAGCACAACUCGUGGUUCAGGCAGGCGGCCGAGGCGCUGGAGGUGGACCUGGACGAGGAGCUCCUACUGGGAAGAGAAAAGGACGAGGACGCCGACAGGCAGCAGCAGAAGAAGGUCAAAGGGAUGAAGAAGCAUCUGAAGCACUUGCUCUCUCAGCCCAUCUUCAAGCACAUGCUAAAGACCAGGUACCCCACGCAGAUGGGGAGGCUCCCGCUGCCCGGCGUCCCUCUGGCCAAGAAGGAGAGCGCCCUGGCCAGCGUGUCGGCGGACAGGAGGAAGCACAAGUUCAACAAGGGCGUUAAAGCUCAGCAGAGGAAGCAGAAGAAAGCCAAGCAGCAGUGAUGCAGAGUUCAUAAAAACAUUUUAAUUCCUCUAG